UGUUCGACUGUUUGCUCAUUUGGACCUUAGGUUCCUUGGGACGCGAAACGGACCACACCUGCUCCAUCGUAGUAAUUCAUAACGAAGCCACCGGCUCCAACCUCCCGCGGUAGACCAAAAAAGUGAGAUGAGAGCCUUGAGCAUGGAAUCGGAACCCAUUUUCCAACAAGACUGGGCUCCAAGAGCAUGGAACCUACUUUCCAAACUCCGGGACCAAUCACCGCUUGUCCAGUGCAUCACUAACUUCGUUUCCAUGGACUUGAUGGCCAACACUCUCCUAUCGGCUGGAGCAUCGCCGGCUAUGAUCCACUCCAUUGAAGAAAUUCCUGACUUCACUCCUCAUGCUCACUCCAUCUGCAUCAAUGUUGGUACUCUUUCCCCUAACUGGCUACCAGCCAUGAAAGCUGCCGCGAAGUUGGCGACUAAACUAGGUAAGCCUUGGGUUCUUGACCCCGUUGCAGCCGGAGCUUCCGGUUUCCGGUUGAACGCUUGUUUGGAGCUUGUGGGUAUGAAGCCCAAUGUCAUUAGGGGAAAUGGGUCGGAGAUCAUCGCGCUAUCUAAGGCUUCUCUGGGCGUCUCCAAGGGUGUAGACAGCUCCCAUGAGUCGAUGGAUGCAAUGGAGGCAGCAAAGUCUUUGGCAAAAGCAAGUGGUGCCAUAGUUGCAGUUUCAGGUGCCGUUGAUAUCAUCACAGAUGGGAACCGAGUUGUUGGUGCUCAUAAUGGGGUACCCAUGAUGCAGAAAAUCACUGCAACAGGCUGUGCAGUUACAGCACUCAUAGCAGCUUUUGUUGCUGUUGAUCCAUUACAUGCUUUGGAAGCAACAGCUUCAGCAUUGUCCAUUUUUGGUAUUGCUGGUGAAUUGGGAAUGGACAUGGCCAAAGGACCAGCUUCCUUGCGGAUGCACUUGAUUGAUUCCCUUUAUGGGAUUGAUCAAGCUGUUCUACUUUCGCGUGCAAAAAUUACCACCCUGUAAUGACUAAUGAUCCAGUUGGAGCUGCGUGUCAAUUGGCAACAAAUAAUCUAUUUGACAGGCAUAGCGAUCAAAUAUUGAGCUAGGAUAUGACUGAUCAAUCCAAAUAACCAAAUGAUCUAUUAGAUCAAAUACUGCUUGUUUAGUGAGUGAUGAUAUAAUGUUAUCAAUCCAUGCCAUUUUUCACUGUGAUACAACUUUUGUCAGGCAAUACAAAGUUUUUUUUUUCUUGUCAGACAAUACAAAGUUCUCUGUUUACUAUAUGUUUAUGAAAUAGUAAGCGGUUGUUUGUUUGUA